GUAUGGAGGUGGUUGUUUUCGUAUACUCUUGUACUGAUUUAUACGUUAAAAAUUGUUAAUAUAAUUCUGAGAUCUGAACUUGAAAAUGGCGUUGUAUAAUCGAAAUAGUGCGAAGAGAAGAAUAUUUAAUGGAAUACCAAGACAACAGGAAGACGUUUUAGAAAGUUUGGGCAGUCUUGGAAAUAGACCAGUGUCAUCUAAGUCGGAAAUGGAACAAGAAAAAAGAAUUCGCCGAGAAAUUGCCAACAGUAAUGAAAGACGUCGAAUGCAGAGUAUAAACGCGGGUUUUCAGUCCCUUCGUGCUUUGUUACCACAUCGCGAGGGAGAAAAGCUCAGCAAGGCUGCCAUACUACAGCAAACAACUGAAUACAUCUACCAGCUUGAGCAGGAAAAGGCCAGACUUUUGGUACAGAAUUGUCAUCUGAAACAGAUGCUUAACUCUCAAAUAAAUAUGGACAGCGAUGGGAGUAGCUCUGAUUCCCCAUUACCCAAACGCAAGAAGACUGAAACAGUAGAAUCUUCAGAUGAAGGAAUUGGAAACAUGAGCCCUGCCAAAAAACUUGGUGAUGUAACAGAGAAGGUAAAGCAGGAACUGAGUGACCAGAGAGUUCAAUUAGACAGAAAACACCAAAUUCAAGUAUUACAAGAGAAUCAAGCAAGAGGCACAGAAAAUCGGAUUUGUACUGAUCAGGUUCAAGGAGUGGUUCAAAUUCAUCCACCAGAGAAUACAGAAGCAGAACAUCUGCCACAGCUGCAUCAACACUCAUUUCUUCAGAAUGAAAAGCCUCCUUCCAACCAAACUGUUGUCUUGCCUCAAAAUAAGAGUGAUCCUUCUGAAAAAGUUGUAUCUUUUCUGAGAAGUUCAAAACAUUGUCCUGAUAUCCCAAGAAAAAUAUCAGGAAAGGCUGCUGCUGUAAUCACACCUCAUUCUGGUGACGUAAUAGCAACUUCAUCAUCACAGUUUUAUGUUCAGGAAUCUUCUGCUGCUUCUUCAAAAUCACUGCCUCCCACUGCCACUGAAGGUUAUGGUUUACCACUAAGACCUACUGAUACUGAAGGGUCUAUCAAUAACACUGCCCUCUUUAAUCUUUACCAAGCAAACAGUACUUCUCGCCAGAACUUGGAGACAAUUGUGGAAGCUAUUCGUCACCUAGAAGGUGACCACAUGUUCCAAGAUGAUCCUGAGCCACUGAAACAAUGUGAGCAAGAAAGGACAAUAUCAGAUGGUAGUGCUUCUCAUGAACUCAACUCUCCAUAUAAUCUUUUGUGUAAAACAAACAAAAACAGUCACCUUAACUACCAAGUUAUUCAGUGUCUUUCUGGGACACAGUCACGACCAGGUGUCAUUGUCACCAAUCAUUCAUAAUUGCUAUGUCUGGUGUAUGUCUCAUUUUUAUGUGGUGAUUUUGUUCAAUGUACUUAUUGCUGUUGUAAUAAUUUGCCUUCUCUGUAGUAGUACAUAUUCAAUAAUUUGUUAGGAAUUUUAGUACCUUGCUAUAGCUUAUAGCUCAUUCACUGAUUUUAUAAGCAGCAUUUGUAUUAUAUUAUUCAGUGUCGUAUCUCAGUUAUUUUCACUUAUCAUAGA